GAAAGCGACAGGAUCGGGCAGGAAGAAGUUACUUGAGUUACCACAGGGAGAACGAGGCUUGUUGAGUUGCCACAGGGGGAGGACGAGACUAGUUGAGUUGCCGCAGGGGGAGAACGAGGUUAGUUGAGUUGCCGCAGGGGGAGGUAGAGGCUAGUUGAGUUGCCGCAGGGGGUGGACGAGGCUAGUUGAGUUACCGCAGGGGGAGGUAGAGGCUAGUUGAGUUGCCGCAGGGGGAGGUAGAGGCUAGUUGAGUUGCCGCAGGGGGAGGUAGAGGCUAGUUGAGUUGCCGCAGGGGGAGGUAGAGGCUAGUUGAGUUGCCGCAGGGGGAGGUAGAGGCUAGUUGAGUUUCUGCAGGGGGAGGACGAGGCUAGUUGAGUUACCGCAGGGGGAGGUAGAGGCUAGUUGUACAUCUACAUUAAGUGCCAAGGUGUACAGUAGCGUCUGGGGUUAGAGAAUGUGCAUUGGUGCAGUGUCCAUGUCAGAAAAUGUUCUAUAUUGCUGUCAUUCACAGAAUCAUUUCAACCUGGACGAUGACCACCACGCAGUCAUCCAACAAUAUAGAAAUCAGAAUAGUGGGGCUUACUUAUUUCAACCUGUUCAGAACACAAAACACAGAUUACCAGAAGAGAGAAACAAUAGACUGUCACACAGUCCUGGACAAAGAGAGGAGGCAUAUUGUGCGCUUUUACAGUAGAGCUGCAUUGAGCAGGUGAUACUGGAACUAUCCUGAGGGGUGUACCGUAGGUGUGGUGGAUAGAUUAUGCUUUACAUAGGGAGAGACUGUUCCAGACUGGCAAGAACUCUAGAGAUGCUGAGAGAGCUGGAGGGAGGGAGAGAGAGAGGGGUGGUGGGGUGCAGAACACACCCAGAGCCAGUGAACAGAAUGUUUCAUAACCAGGGGUGACUGGUGUGUCUGUGUUCCAGAGUAUAGAAGAAUAGAAUAGAGAAAGAUCAGGAGCUGAGAGAACACCCCCUGGUGUUGGUAGUGUUGAUGUCACUAUAGGAGGAGCUCUCUGUCCACUCACACCCAGUCAAACCCUGGUCUUCUCCUCUUCCUUUCCUCCUCUACUCCUCUGGGAUUGACCUGACCCCUAUUCCUCUCAUCUCCCAUUUCUAUCAUUUCUUCCUCCUGUCCUCCGUGUGGAGCAGUGCCACAGAGCCAUGCACCCCCAGCGUCCUCUCCCCCAGGCAAUGCCCUCCUCCCUCGGGCAGAACCUGCGUGACAUGGCCAUGGGCCUAGGCAGAGGGAAGAACUUCCUUGGUGGGAACAUUGCCUACGGCUUCAUCCAGUCCCUCAAGGAGUGCCUCUACUUCGUACUCUGCUGCUGGUGCAUCAAGGAGAUACUGGACUGACUGACUGAGACACUACGAGAGGGAGAGAGGCACGAGGGUGAGGUUCUCUUUCCUGCUUGUCUCUGGAUGUGUUUCUCUCUUCCUCCUUUUCACUCUUUCUCCUCUGUGUUUAACAUCUUAGCUGGGGAGAGAAACACCGCUUCACACUCUGUUUAAGUAUGAGUCUUGUCAUUACAUACAGUAGAUAUUGUACAUAGUUUGGCAAAUGUCUUCUACUUUGGAGUCGAACUGUUUACUGACAACAUAAUUUCCUUUCAGCUACGGUACAUGUUACCUGUAAAAUAUUCUACCAAGUAUGUAGGACUGUGUAGUAUGUUAUGGUUUACAUGUUGUACUAUAUGGCCCUGGUGUGUGGAUUUGCUCCUCUUAGUGCCCAUGAUGCAGUUCUGUAUUCCUGUCUGGAGGCUUGGGAAACUGAUGUGCUGCCUGGUGUAUCAGAGGAUCUGUUAUUCUCUGAUCCUGAGUCAGUCGGUCUGGAGACCUGCAGUGUGUGUGUGAAGCGUCGUCUUAUUAUUAACACCAAUCAGCUGAUCCUAGACCUGUGGAGAAACCAAACCUGUGAGGCAAUGGACAUGGCUUUUGAUGCUGCUUAGGUCACAUUUAAUUCCAAGUUUUAUUAAUUUCUGUACAGUCUUAAUAUGCAAGGAAUAAACAAUAUCUGAUUUUG